CGAGCGCCCGUUGCCUGCAAAAGGGGGCGAAGGAGGCCAGUAAGAGUGAGGGGAAAGCGGGAAGCAGAAGGAAGGGAAGGAAGUAAGGAAAGAGGAAGGAAAGGCAGGAGGGUUAAGAGGAAGAGCGGCUGCAAUUUCUGCGGCCGGCUCAGUAGGAGGAGCAGGAGGGGAAAGAGGAGGAUCCAGAGUCAGUCAGUCAGGCAGCCAGCGGGAGGUGGAGAAAGCAGGAGGAGGAGGAGGAUUAAAAAUGGCCACCAACAGCUGCGGGAGACGGCAACAGCCCCUCACUUCCCGGGAUGGUCCCUGCGGGGCGGCCCGGUCUUGAUGGAGAGGAGAAGCCCGAGAAGCGCCGAGGCUGAGGCGGCGGCGGCGGCGGGGACCCAGCGAGGAGAAGGACGUGGGGGAGCAGGGAGCCGGCCAGGAGAAGGGAGAGGCGGCGGCGUCGCUGCCCCGGCCGCCUAGCGCCGCUGCCCGCCCCCGCCGACCGGCUCCCGCACCUCGCGGCCGCAGCAUCGAUCCCGGCCCGAAGCCCCGUCCCCCGCAGCGGGGCUCCAGGGCCCCGCCGCGGACGCCGCCCCUUCCCCGUCGCCGGCCCGCCGCGGUCCCCGCUCCGGGCCAGGCCCGCCCGCGCCCACCCGCCCUCCGGUAUAAUACUUCUCUACAUCUGCUUCAAGAAGAAAGUGCCUGCCACUCCUGUUGUUCCUACGCAGGUUCAUGCCAGCCCAGAACACAGAAUCAGAAUUAGAAGUGUUUAUCACCAACCAGCCAAGAUGAACAUGGUGAAGAGGAUCAUGGGGCGGCCGAGGCAGGAGGAGUGCAGCCCACAAGACAAUGCCUUAGGACUGAUGCACCUCCGCCGUCUCUUCACUGAGUUGUGCCAUCCUCCCCGGCACAUGACUCAGAAGGAACAAGAAGAGAAGCUGUACAUGAUGCUGCCAGUGUUUAACAGGGUUUUUGGAAAUGCUCCGCCAAAUACAAUGACAGAAAAAUUUUCUGAUCUUCUGCAGUUCACAACACAAGUCUCACGACUGAUGGUGACAGAAAUUCGAAGGAGAGCAUCAAACAAAUCCACAGAGGCUGCAAGUCGGGCCAUAGUCCAGUUCUUGGAAAUCAAUCAGAGUGAAGAAGCCAGUAGAGGUUGGAUGCUUCUGACAACAAUUAAUUUGUUAGCAUCCUCUGGUCAGAAAACCGUGGACUGCAUGACAACGAUGUCAGUGCCUUCCACCCUGGUUAAGUGUUUAUAUCUGUUUUUUGACCUUCCACAUGUGCCUGAGGCAGUUGGAGGUGCACAGAAUGAGCUACCUCUAGCAGAACGUCGUGGACUACUCCAGAAAGUUUUUGUACAGAUCUUAGUGAAACUCUGCAGUUUUGUUUCUCCAGCGGAGGAGCUGGCUCAAAAAGACGAUCUCCAGCUUUUAUUCAGUGCAAUAACCUCUUGGUGCCCUCCCUAUAACCUGCCUUGGAGGAAGAGUGCCGGAGAAGUCCUUAUGACCAUAUCCCGCCACGGUCUUAGUGUCAAUGUUGUGAAGUAUAUUCAUGAAAAAGAAUGUUUAUCUACAUGUGUUCAGAAUAUGCAGCAGUCAGAUGACCUGUCUCCCCUAGAAAUUGUUGAAAUGUUUGCUGGGCUUUCUUGUUUCCUCAAAGAUUCCAGUGAUGUUUCCCAAACUCUUUUGGAUGAUUUUCGGAUAUGGCAAGGAUAUAAUUUCCUUUGUGAUCUCUUGCUUAGGUUGGAACAAGCAAAAGAGGCAGAAUCCAAAGAUGCCUUGAAAGACCUGGUUAAUCUGAUAACUUCCCUAACAACGUAUGGUGUCAGUGAACUAAAACCAGCUGGUAUUACCACAGGGGCACCCUUUUUAUUGCCUGGAUUUGCAGUACCUCAGCCAGCAGGCAAAGGUCACAGUGUGAGAAACGUCCACGCCUUUGCUGUUCUUCAGAACGCAUUUUUAAAAGCAAAAACCAACUUCCUUGCCCAAAUCAUUCUUGAUGCCAUCACAAAUAUCUACAUGGCCGACAAUGCCAAUUAUUUCAUCCUCGAGUCACAGCACACACUGUCACAGUUUGCAGAAAAGAUUUCAAAACUCCCGGAAGUACAAAACAAAUACUUCGAGAUGCUGGAGUUUGUCGUUUUUAGCUUAAAUUAUAUCCCUUGUAAAGAACUUAUUAGUGUUAGCAUCCUUUUAAAAUCUAGCUCCUCUUAUCACUGUAGCAUUAUUGCAAUGAAAACACUUCUUAAGUUUACACGACAUGACUACAUAUUUAAAGAUGUGUUCAGGGAGGUGGGCCUUCUGGAGGUCAUGGUAAACCUUUUGCACAAAUAUGCUGCCCUCUUGAAGGAUCCAACUCAGGCACUAAAUGAACAAGGAGACUCAAGAAAUAAUAGUUCAAUUGAAGACCAAAAACAUCUGGCUUUGUUGGUUAUGGAGACCUUGACAGUGCUUCUCCAAGGAUCAAACACAAAUGCAGGAAUUUUUCGAGAAUUUGGAGGUGCAAGAUGCGCGCAUAAUAUAGUGAGAUACCCUCAGUGUCGGCAGCAUGCCCUGAUGAUUAUCCAACAGUUGGUGCUCUCGCCAAACGGGGACGAUGACAUGGGCACUCUCCUGGGGUUGAUGCAUUCAGCUCCCCCAACAGAAUUGCAGCUGAAGACUGACAUUUUAAGAGCCCUCCUGUCAGUCCUUCGAGAAAGCCAUCGUUCAAGAACAGUUUUCAGGAAAGUUGGAGGAUUUGUGUACAUUACAUCCUUGCUUGUUGCUAUGGAAAGAUCUUUGAGCUCGCCACCCAAGAAUGGCUGGGAGAAAGUGAACCAGAAUCAAGUGUUUGAACUUCUCCACACUGUGUUCUGCACACUGACUGCAGCAAUGCGCUAUGAGCCAGCCAACUCUCAUUUCUUCAAAACAGAGAUUCAGUAUGAGAAGUUGGCAGAUGCCGUUCGAUUUCUUGGCUGCUUCUCAGACCUAAGAAAAAUAAGCCCCAUGAAUGUCUUCCCUUCAAAUACACAGCCAUUUCAAAGACUUUUAGAGGAAGACGUAAUCUCAGUGGACUCAGUGUCACCCACUUUACAGCACUGCAGUAAACUCUUUAUUUAUCUCUACAAAGUAGCCACAGAUUCUUUUGACAGUCGUGCAGAACAGAUCCCUCCUUGCCUGACAAGUGAGUCUUCUCUCCCCUCUCCUUGGGGUACACCAGCUUUGUCCAGGAAAAGGCAUGCAUAUCAUUCUGUUUCAACUCCCCCUGUUUACCCUCCUAAAAAUGUUGCUGACCUGAAACUACACGCGGCAACUUCAUCUGUCCAGAGUUCUGACGCUGUCAUCAUCCAUCCUGGAGCCAUGCUUGCUAUGCUGGACCUCCUGGCCUCUGUUGGGUCCGUGACACAGCCAGAACAUGCUUUGGACCUUCAACUUGCCGUGGCAAAUAUUUUACAAUCGCUGGUGCACACAGAGAGAAACCAGCAAGUCAUGUGUGAAGCUGGUCUCCAUGCACGCCUGCUGCAGCGGUGCAGCGCUGCGCUGGCCGACGAGGACCACUCACUGCACCCGCCUCUCCAGAGGAUGUUUGAACGCUUAGCCUCUCAGGCUCUGGAGCCCAUGGUGCUGAGGGAGUUUUUACGUUUGGCAAGUCCAUUAAAUUGUGGUGCCUGGGACAAAAAACUGCUAAAACAGUAUAGGGUCCACAAACCAAGUUCACUGAGUUACGAGCCAGAGAUGAGAAGUAGUAUGAUCACAUCUAUGGAAGGUCUGGGUUCUGAUAAUGUUUUCAGUUUACACGAAGAUAACCAUUACCGGAUAAGCAAAAGCCUAGUAAAAUCUGCAGAAGGAAGUACUGUACCCCUGACCAGGGUUAAGUGUCUGGUUUCCAUGACAACUCCACAUGACAUCAGACUUCAUGGGUCAUCAGUUACUCCAGCUUUUGUUGAAUUUGACACAUCCCUUGAAGGGUUUGGCUGCCUGUUCCUGCCCAGUUUAGCCCCUCAUAAUGCCCCUACAAACAAUGCCGUCACAACAGGUCUUACCGAUGGGGCCGUGGUCAGUGGCAUUGGUUCUGGUGAAAGAUUCUUCCCUCCUCCAUCAGGCUUAAGCUACUCUAGCUGGUUUUGCAUCGAACAUUUUAGUUCUCCUCCAAAUAACCACCCUGUCAGACUUCUGACUAUUGUUCGCCGAGCAAAUUCUUCUGAGCAGCAUUAUGUGUGCCUUGCCAUCGUUCUGUCAGCGAAAGACCGGUCUCUGAUUGUUUCCACCAAAGAGGAACUGCUCCAAAACUAUGUUGAUGAUUUUAGCGAAGAAUCAUCUUUUUAUGAGAUUCUGCCGUGCUGUGCUCGCUUCCGAUGUGGAGAACUGAUAAUUGAGGGACAGUGGCACCACCUGGUUCUGGUGAUGAGCAAAGGGAUGCUGAAGAACAGCACUGCAACCCUCUACAUCGAUGGGCAGCUUGUCAGCACCGUGAAGCUUCAUUAUGUCCACAGCACUCCUGGGGGCUCGGGUUCUGCAAACCCACCGGUGGUCAGCACAGUCUAUGCUUACGUCGGGACUCCACCUGCCCAGCGCCAGAUUGCCUCACUGGUUUGGCGCCUGGGACCCACGCACUUUCUGGAAGAGGUUUUACCUCCUUCAAAUGUUACUACCAUUUAUGAACUAGGACCAAAUUAUGUUGGAAGCUUCCAGGCCGUAUGCAUGCCAUGUAAAGAUGCAAAAUCCGAAGGGAUGAUCCCAUCUCCUGUGUCAUUAGUGCCAGAGGAAAAGGUUUCAUUUGGCCUCUAUGCACUGUCUGUGUCCUCUCUAACAGUGGCAAGAAUUCGGAAAGUGCACAACAAGUUGGACAGCAAAGCUAUCGCCAAGCAGUUAGGCAUCUCCUCCCAUGAGAACGCCACUCCCGUGAAGCUGAUACACAACUCAGCAGGACACCUUAAUGGACCUGCACGGACGAUUGGGGCUACUCUGAUUGGAUACUUGGGAGUAAGAACAUUUGUUCCUAAGCCUGUUGCCACUACUUUGCAGUACAUUGGUGGAGCUGCAGCCCUCCUGGGCCUGGUGGCCAUGGCCUCCGAUGUGGAAGGGCUCUAUGCUGCAGUCAAGGCCCUGGUUUGUGUGGUCAGGAGUAACCCACUAGCCAGCAAAGAAAUGGAAAGAAUCAAGGGCUACCAGUUGCUGGCAAUGCUGCUUAAGAAGAAACGUUCCCUUCUGAACAGCCACAUUCUCCACCUGACUUUUUCCUUGGUGGGAACUGUUGACAGUGGACAUGAGACCUCCAUUAUUCCAAAUUCAACUGCUUUCCAGGAUCUACUUUGUGACUUUGAAGUCUGGCUCCAUGCACCGUAUGAACUUCAUCUUUCCUUAUUUGAACACUUUAUUGAGCUGCUCACAGAGUCCAGUGAAGCUUCAAAGAACGCCAAGUUAAUGAGGGAAUUCCAGCUAAUCCCAAAGUUGCUACUGACUCUUCGAGAUAUGUCUUUAUCCCAGCCUACCAUCGCUGCCAUUAGUAAUGUGCUGAGCUUCUUACUGCAGGGUUUUCCCAGCAGCAACGAUCUGCUCAGGUUUGGCCAGUUUAUUUCUUCUACUUUACCAACCUUUGCAGUUUGUGAGAAAUUUGUAGUUAUGGAAAUAAACCAUGAAGAGAAGCCUGACACUGGAACUGAAGAAGAGUUUGGAGGUCUUGUGUCUGCUAAUCUUAUACUUUUGAGGAACAGACUUCUAGAUAUCUUACUAAAACUGGUUUACACAUCUAAAGAAAAGACAAGCAUUAAUUUGCAAGCUUGUGAAGAGCUAGUCAAGACAUUGGGUUUUGACUGGAUUAUGAUGUUUAUGGAAGAACACUUGCAUUCCACCACAGUUACAGCAGCCAUGAGGAUUCUUGUUGUCCUGCUGAGUAAUCAGUCUAUUCUCAUCAAGUUUAAAGAAGGACUCAGUGGUGGAGGGUGGCUGGAACAGACAGAUUCUGUCUUAACCAAUAAGAUCGGAACUGUAUUAGGAUUCAACGUGGGCAGGAGUGCUGGUGGGAGAUCGACGGUCAGGGAGAUUAACCGGGAUGCUUGUCAUUUUCCUGGCUUUCCGGUUCUUCAGUCAUUCCUUCCUAAACACACUAAUGUCCCUGCCCUCUAUUUUCUCCUCAUGGCAUUGUUUCUUCAGCAGCCAGUUAGUGAGCUGCCUGAGAACCUGCAGGUCAGUGUGCCUGUCAUCAGCAGCCGAUGUAAGCAGGGUUGCCAGUUUGAUUUAGAUUCCAUUUGGACAUUUAUCUUUGGAGUUCCUGCCUCCAGUGGAACUGUGGUCUCUUCUAUCCAUAAUGUGUGUACAGAAGCUGCUUUUUUACUGCUGGGAAUGCUCCGCAGCAUGCUGAACUCACCUUGGCAGUCAGAAGAAGAGGGAUCUUGGCUCCGAGAAUAUCCUGUGACCUUGAUGCAAUUCUUCAGAUACUUGUAUCACAACGUCCCAGACCUGGCCUCCAUGUGGAUGAGCCCUGACUUCCUGUGCGCACUGGCAGCCACAGUCUUCCCCUUCAACAUUCGCCCAUACUCAGAGAUGGUGACUGAUCUCGAUGAUGAAGUUGGAUCUCCAGCCGAAGAAUUCAAAGCUUUUGCAGCAGACACAGGGAUGAACAGAAGCCAGUCAGAGUACUGCAAUGUGGGCGUCAAGACGUACCUGACCAAUCACCCGGCUAAAAAGUUCGUUUUUGACUUCAUGCGGGUCUUAAUCAUAGACAACCUCUGCCUUACCCCUGCCAGCAAGCAGACUCCACUGAUUGACCUUCUCUUGGAGGCUUCCCCUGAAAGAUCUACAAGAACUCAGCAGAAGGAAUUUCAGACUUACAUUUUGGAUAGUGUGAUGGACCAUUUGCUUGCAGCUGAUGUCUUACUGGGGGAAGAUGCAUCUCUGCCUAUCACCAGUGGAGGGAGCUACCAGAUAUUGGUGAACAACGUGUUUUAUUUCACACAACGUGUGGUGGACAAGCUUUGGCAAGGCAUGUUCAACAAAGAAUCUAAACUUCUUAUCGAUUUUAUAAUUCAACUAAUUGCACAGUCAAAAAGAAGAUCGCAGGGAUUGUCACUGGAUGCGGUUUAUCACUGCCUCAAUAGGACCAUCUUGUACCAAUUCUCCCGUGCGCACAAAACCGUUCCGCAGCAAGUAGCUCUCCUUGAUUCACUCCGGGUCCUGACUGUGAACAGGAACUUGAUUCUGGGCCCUGGGAACCAUGACCAAGAAUUCAUUAGCUGUCUGGCUCACUGCCUCAUUAACCUGCAUGUUGGAAGCAAUGUGGAUGGAUUUGGACUGGAAGCAGAGGCCCGCAUGACUACAUGGCACAUUAUGAUCCCCUCUGACAUUGAGCCACAUGGUGGUUACAGCCAAGAUAUUAGUGAAGGGCGUCAGCUGCUUAUAAAAGCUGUCAACAGAGUCUGGACUGAACUGAUUCAUAGUAAAAAGCAAGUCUUGGAGGAACUUUUCAAAGUCACCCUACCCGUGAACGAACGAGGCCAUGUGGACAUAGCUGUAGCAAGGCCGCUCAUCGAAGAAGCUAGCUUGAAGUGCUGGCAGAACCAUUUGGCCCAUGAAAAGAAAUGCAUAAUUCGAGGAGAAGCUUUAGUGCCCACCACACAAUCUAAAUUGUCCCGUGUCAGCAGUGGCUUUGGUCUUUCCAAGUUAACAGGAUCGAGAAGGAAUCGAAAGGAAAGUGGUCUUAAUAAACACAGCCUUUCCACCCAGGAGAUUUCUCAGUGGAUGUUUACACACAUCGCUGUUGUUCGUGACUUAGUAGAUACACAAUAUAAGGAAUAUCAGGAGCGUCAGCAGAACGCCCUGAAGUACGUGACGGAGGAGUGGUGCCAGAUCGAGUACGAGCUGCUGCGGGAGCGCGGGCUGUGGGGCCCCCCCAUCGGGUCCCACCUAGACAAGUGGAUGUUGGAGAUGACAGAAGGGCCCUGCAGGAUGAGGAAAAAAAUGGUGCGAAACGAUAUGUUUUAUAACCAUUACCCUUAUGUGCCGGAAACGGAGCAAGAGACGAACGUGGCGUCUGAGAUCCCAAGUAAACAGCCUGAGACACCCGAUGAUACCAUUCCUCAAAAGAAACCUGCUCGAUACAGAAGAGCCGUAAGUUAUGACAGUAAGGAGUACUACAUGCGACUGGCCUCUGGGAACCCAGCCAUUGUCCAAGAUGCCAUCGUAGAGAGUUCUGAAGGUGAAGCCGCUCAGCAAGAACCAGAGCAUGGUGAAGACACUAUCGCUAAAGUCAAAGGACUGGUCAAGCCUCCUCUGAAACGGUCUCGAUCUGCACCUGACGGAGGAGAUGAGGAGACGCAGGAGCAGCUGCAAGACCAGAUUGCCGAGGGCAGCUCUAUAGAGGAAGAGGAGAAGACGGACAAUGCCACUCUGCUGCGCCUCCUAGAGGAGGGAGAAAAGAUCCAACACAUGUACCGCUGUGCUCGAGUCCAGGGCCUAGAUACUAGUGAGGGGCUGCUGCUUUUUGGUAAAGAGCAUUUUUAUGUGAUUGAUGGAUUUACAAUGACGGCAACCAGGGAAAUAAGAGAUAUUGAAACCUUACCUCCAAAUAUGCAUGAGCCAAUUAUCCCUAGAGGAGCCAGGCAAGGCCCCAGUCAGCUCAAAAGGACAUGCAGCAUUUUUGCAUAUGAAGAUAUCAAGGAAGUGCAUAAAAGGCGGUAUCUCCUGCAGCCUAUUGCUGUGGAAGUCUUCUCUGGAGAUGGACGGAAUUACCUCCUUGCUUUUCAGAAAGGAAUUAGAAACAAAGUCUAUCAAAGAUUUUUGGCUGUAGUGCCAUCUCUAACUGACAGUUCAGAGUCAGUGUCUGGGCAACGACCAAACACAAGCGUGGAGCAGGGAUCUGGGUUGCUUAGCACUCUGGUUGGAGAGAAGUCUGUGACUCAGAGAUGGGAGAGAGGUGAAAUCAGCAACUUUCAGUAUUUAAUGCACUUGAACACUUUGGCUGGCAGAUCAUAUAAUGACCUCAUGCAGUAUCCUGUCUUCCCCUGGAUCCUUGCAGAUUACGACUCAGAGGAGGUAGAUCUUACUAAUCCCAAGACAUUUAGAAACCUGGCUAAGCCGAUGGGAGCACAGACAGAUGAACGAUUAGCUCAGUAUAAGAAGCGAUACAAAGACUGGGAAGAUCCUAAUGGAGAAACUCCAGCCUACCACUAUGGGACCCACUAUUCAUCUGCAAUGAUUGUGGCUUCAUACCUAGUAAGGAUGGAGCCCUUCACGCAGAUAUUCCUAAGGCUACAGGGAGGCCACUUCGACCUGGCUGACCGGAUGUUUCACAGUGUGCGCGAGGCCUGGUAUUCAGCAUCAAAGCACAACAUGGCAGACGUAAAAGAACUUAUCCCAGAAUUUUUUUACUUACCAGAAUUCCUAUUCAAUUCCAACAACUUUGAUCUGGGCUGUAAACAAAAUGGCACCAAGCUUGGAGAUGUCAUCCUUCCUCCCUGGGCGAAAGGGGACCCGCGAGAAUUCAUCAGAGUGCACCGUGAGGCUUUGGAAUGUGAUUAUGUGAGUGCCCAUCUGCAUGAGUGGAUUGACUUAAUCUUCGGCUAUAAACAGCAAGGUCCUGCUGCAGUAGAAGCUGUAAAUGUCUUCCAUCAUCUUUUUUAUGAGGGCCAAGUGGAUAUCUACAACAUAAAUGACCCACUAAAGGAGACAGCCACCAUAGGGUUCAUUAAUAACUUUGGUCAGAUCCCUAAACAGUUAUUUAAGAAACCUCAUCCACCAAAGCGAGUGAGGAGCCGACUCAACGGAGACAGUGCAGGACUCUCAGUCCCACCAGGAUCCACCAGUGACAAGAUCUUUUUUCAUCAUCUAGACAACCUGAGACCUUCUCUAACCCCUGUAAAAGAACUCAAAGAGCCUGUGGGACAAAUAGUGUGUACAGAUAAAGGCAUCCUUGCAGUAGAACAGAAUAAGGUCCUUAUCCCACCAACCUGGAACAAAACUUUCGCUUGGGGCUACGCAGACCUCAGCUGCAGGCUGGGAACCUAUGAGUCAGACAAGGCAGUGACUGUUUAUGAAUGUUUGUCUGAGUGGGGCCAGAUUCUCUGUGCAAUCUGCCCCAACCCCAAGCUGGUCAUCACGGGCGGAACAAGCACAGUUGUGUGUGUGUGGGAGAUGGGCACCUCGAAGGAAAAGGCUAAGACGCUCACUCUCAAACAGGCCUUACUUGGCCACACGGACACUGUCACCUGUGCCACAGCAUCACUAGCCUAUCACAUAAUUGUCAGUGGGUCCCGUGACCGAACCUGCAUCAUUUGGGACCUGAACAAACUGUCGUUCCUAACCCAGCUCCGAGGCCACCGGGCUCCCGUUUCUGCUCUUUGUAUCAAUGAAUUAACAGGGGACAUUGUGUCCUGCGCUGGCACGUACAUCCACGUGUGGAGCAUCAACGGGAACCCUGUCGUGAGUGUGAACACAUUCACAGGUAGGAGCCAGCAGAUCGUGUGCUGCUGCGUGUCGGAGAUGAACGAGUGGGACACGCAGAACGUCAUAGUCACAGGACACUCGGACGGCGUGGUCCGGUUUUGGAGAAUGGAAUUUUUGCAAGUUCCUGAAACACCAGCUCCUGAGCCUGUUGAAGUCCUGGAAAUGCAAGAAGACUGUCCAGAAGCCCAAAUAGGGCAGGAAGCCCAGGACGAGGACAGCAGCGACUCUGAAGGCGAGGAGCAGAGCAUCAGCCAGGACCCCAGGGACACGCCCAGCCAGCCCAGCAGCACCAGCCACAGGCCCCGGGCGGCCUCCUGCCGAGCCACGGCCACCUUGUACAACGACAGUGGCUCCGACGACUCCCGGCGCUGGUCCGACCAGCUCAGCCUCGAUGAGAAGGACGGCUUCAUCUUUGUGAACUAUUCCGAGGGCCAGACCAGAGCCCACCUGCAGGCCCCCCUUACCCACCCCCACCCCAGCCCCAUUGAAGUGCGGAACUACAGCAGAUUGAAGCCCGGGUACCGGUGGGAACGGCAGCUGGUGUUCAGGAGUAAGCUGACGAUGCACACUGCCUUUGACCGGAAGGACAACGCGCACCCAGCGGAAAUCACCGCCCUGGGCGUCUCCAAACGAUCAGAAGCAGCAGCCUGGCAGUGUGUGGAUUCCAGUUCCGAAUUUAAAAAACAAAAAGCUCUGCCUUCUGUGUUCUUCGAAGGUCCAGCAAGGGAUCACAGCAGGAUCCUCGUGGGCGACAGCCGAGGCCGAGUCUUCAGCUGGUCCGUGAGUGACCAGCCCGGCCGCUCCGCUGCCGACCACUGGGUGAAGGAUGAAGGAGGGGACAGCUGUUCGGGCUGCUCGGUGCGGUUUUCCCUCACAGAAAGGCGGCACCAUUGCAGGAACUGCGGUCAGCUCUUCUGCCAGAAGUGCAGCCGAUUUCAGUCAGAAAUCAAACGCUUGAAAAUUUCAUCCCCGGUACGUGUUUGUCAGAACUGUUAUUACAACUUACAGCAUGAGAGGGGUUCAGAAGAUGGCCCUCGAAUUUGUUGAAGAUUCCACAAGCUGAUUGGAGACCAUGGUCUGUAGACCCCUCCCCGAUGCCCCCCGCCCCCCGUCACAGCUCGCAGCUCGGAAGGCGCGGACAGUCUCCGUUGACACAUCUCCAUACCACCUGUUUGAAGUAUGGAACUCAGAGGGAUCACUGAACAAACGGGUGUGGAGAGCAGUCGGGGCAGGCACUUCAGGUGAACAGCACAGGAAGAGUACGAGGUGGUUCCUACGAGCAGCAGUGUCCGUAUCCGAUUCUCCCUUGACAAUAGCUGUCUCCAAGAGAAAUCCUCACUAACUGUCUUUUUCUUGCGUCUCAUUUUUGUAGAGCUACUCAUCCUUAUUUGGAAAAACCAACGACUACAAAAAAAAAAAGGCUUUUAGAAAAUGGUUGUAAAUCUGACUUCUUUGCAAGUAACUGUGUAUAUUGUAAAUAGGUACAAAGGCCUUUUUUCUAAAUAAGGACUUAACUGCCUGUAACAUGAGACUUCAAACUAAACCACUGACUCAAUGAACUACUUACGGUUUGUCUGACAUCGCUCACCAAUUAAUUAUAAAUAUGUUUUUUUAAAUCCUCAAAGACAUUAUCUGUGGUCUUUUUUUUCCCACCCCCUUUCUAUCCCAGCCCAUGUGCCCGAUGUCCUUUCUUUCAAGUUGCCCACAGUAUCUCCACUUAACUUAGGCUAAUAACCAAAACAAUGUAAUGGGGACCUUCUUGAGGAAACAGUGUGGGAGAAUAGGAGUCUGGGUGCGAGAUACCCUGGACAUAUGUGGGUGUCUCACACGUGGCUGUGUACCACCUCAGUGUUGUUCUCGUGUUGUAAGACCCCACGUAAACGUCUCUUUGGACUGCUCUUUGGUCGUCACAUACCUUCUUAGCACUGCGUGGCGGGGGUCCCAACGCAGUGCAGGACAGCCCUGCUUCAACUAGUGGACGUGUAUUUGCAUGUAGCCCAAAGUAGCUGCUCUUGCGUAGAACAGAAGUACGUGUCUGGUGACACUCAUGUUCUGCUAUAGCUUAUUUUCAAAAAAGGGUUAAAAAAAAAAGAAAAAAGUGUACUGUACAGAAUUAACAUAUAAACCUUGUUGUAAAACUGGAUCAUGUCAGAACUGCUUAUAAUUAACCUUUACCAUUUAAUGCCAUCUACCUGAAAACAGUGAGAUUUAUACUGUAUCAACGUCUAUUUUUUUGUUUUUUUGCUAUGAAUAUAGUUACAGUAUUUUAAUAUUUAGUUAUUUAAUUUGUUCUACUAGUUGGAUACAGAACACACAAAUCCAGGGAGACUAAAGCUGGUAGGGGCUAAGAGAUUAGUUUACAGAAAAAGGCUUUGGUGGUGGGAUUUUUUUAAAUGUGUGUUAUGUACAUAUAUAUAUAUAUAUACACAUAUAUAUAAAAAACAAAUGAAACAAUUAAUCUAGAUUUUAAAAUUUUCAGAUAUUUAGUGAUAGUAUUAUGAACAAUUCUAAAAAGCCCUGUGAUCUGAAAAAUGUAGACGCAGUCAUGGCCCAAGAAAGGAAGGACGGUCACAGGCCUUCACACCUCAUGGGGUUUCAUACGAAGGACAGCGGCUUUGGCUUUCCCGACGUUUCAUCUUUAGGCCCUGGUGACAGGCACACUUAUGCACUAAAAUGCACUAUAUGCACAUGCAUUCAAAACAGGCAUUGGUACAACAGUAAUCUUGUACCUAAUGGGCUGAAACCAGCUUAAGAACAAAUUUGUUCUUCCUGAUAACUAGGUCUCCAAGAGAAAAUAUAAAGGCUGCUUUAGUGCCUUACGCUUACUAAAUUUAAACCUUUAUUUACCUAGGUUUGAGCCUACAGUCUAUUUAUGAUUACAUAUCAAAAUUGAUUACAACACUUCCAUUUCUAAAAGUUCAAAUAUACUUGUUAAUAAAAGGAUUAUUGGCAUUAAUACUUUAACUUGAAGAGAAGUUGUGUUCUGUUUUCCUUUGUGUCUUACCCCUCCCCGCCCCCCACCUCCUUACUUCAAUUCUCGUAAAUGAUGCUGGAUGUUCAGCAGUUGCAGGAGUCGUGCCCUGGCGUCGCCGCAGGCUCUGCCCCUGUCCGGCCGUGUAGGUGAGCGGUAGCAGUGUUAUUCUACACUUUUUAAAAGACGUGUCCUCCUUGUGUCCAUGACCCAUGUCUACCCCAAACCCAACGGCAGAGGUGUUCUUUAAAGACUUGAAUAUAUGAAUGUCUGUAUGUAGUUACUUAAAGGUUAUUCCUCUGUGUAAUAUGAAGUUAUAUGAGAUGAACACUUUUAAACUUUCCAACACAACUUCCAUAACUAGAAGGUGGAAACCAAAACCCUCGUGAUAGCAUUUCCUCUGGCAGCUGGUGCUGUGGGCAACUGUUUUGUUCAGUGGGGUUUAUUUUCUUUUUGCUUCUAAUGCAGAAAUCACAAAUCACUCACACAUACAAGUACACUCACAUACAUAAACUGAUUGUUUCUCCGGCUGUCUUUCUGUGUUCCAUGUAAACUUGUUUACCAACAUAUAUUCUCAGCAUGUACAUCCACCUUUGUGUGGUCCGUGUUCUUUCUCUGAGAGUACCUCACAGGGCUUCUGCCUGAUCUUUGCAGUUCGUUUGUCCUUCCUUCCAUCCAUUUGUCCAUUUAUUCAUUCAUGUGUUCUAACAUUCGUGUCUGGUAUGCACCUGUCACGUCAUGCUUUUGAGGAGGAGAAUCGCUGCCCCUAGCAGCCAUCCAUCUGGAUAAUAGCAAAACACUCUAGAUAAGUUAUUUUGCACUUUCUUAUGUAUAAAGUUGGUAGAAACUUAUUUUUGCUUUGUAUCAUUUAAAUACAUUUUGUUUUGGUAAAUGAACUGUGUAUAAAAUAUUUAUGCCGUUAAAACUGUUUUUAGAGAGUAUUUUUAAUUUCAGCAAGUUUGGUUACUUGUUGCAUGACAAUUAACACAGCUGACUUUUUGUGUCAGUGCAAUGUAUAUUUUUUUUGUCCUGUUAUUAACUUGUAAGCCCUAGUAAUGGCCAAUUAUUUGUACAGCAACAGAAGUAAAUUGAAGAUACUGGCUAAGACUGGAUUGAUUGUGGACUUUUGUACUAUAUUGCAGAAUCCGAUUAUCUGUUCUUUGGUGGUUAUGUAAAAGGCCUGGAGAAUUACUAUCUAGUGUGCAAUCUGUGAUAACUGAAUGUUCAUUGUAUAUCUGUCUCUGAUGCAAAAAGGUAGAGUAACACAAUUACAAUACAUGAUUAAA